AUGUACUGUAUAUAUAUAGUAAUACCUGAUCUAGAAACAGCUAUGAACAAACUGUGAUUUUUGUUGUGCAUUACGCGACGUACGAAAAGGAAAGAAUGAAGUACAUAAACAAUUGUUAAUCGGUUGAUACUUCGCUAACAAAUGAACGUGAGAACGAGAAUCGGUUGUGAAGGUGCCAUGAAGUAAAAUCAAAGGAUGAUGAUGGGUGAUCAGUUUCGUAGCAAAGUGGAGCAGUACUCACCAAAAUCAUCACCCAGGGGUGCUCGUUCCCCUGUUGUAUCACGUCAAGAUUCAACAGGGACACUUAAGACAACCAUUUCCCUGGGCAAAAAUCCCUCUAUCGUCCACAGUGGUCCUUUCUACUUGAUGAAGGAACCCCCUGGAGAAAGUGAGCUGACAGGGGCAACAAACUUGAUGGCCUAUUAUGGCCUAGAACAUUCUUACAGUAAAUUUAGUGGUAAAAAACUUAAAGAACAACUUUCUUCAUUCUUGCCUAAUCUACCUGGGAUUAUAGAUAGACCUGGUCACUUGGAUAAUAGUUCGUUGAGGUCUGUGAUUGAGAAGCCUCCAAUAGGAGGAAAAGAUUUAGUACCAUUAACAAGUGUUCAAUUAGCUGGAUUUCGUUUGCAUCCUGGCCCAUUACCAGAGCAGUAUCGUUAUGUUAAUCAAGCUCCCCAAAGAAAACAUAAGAAUAAACACAAGAAACAUAAGCACAAACCAGGGGAAGUUCCCAGUGGCCAAGAAGCGACAACUACAGAUAUCGGUGGCUCUGAUACUCACGAAAAGAAACAUAAGAAACAGAAAAGACACGAUGAAGAAAAGGAAGCUCGGAAGAAACGGAAAAAGGAGAAGAAGAGGAAAAAGCAGAAACACAGUCCUGAACAUAGCGGCGGCUUAACACCGUCCCAACAUUCCAAUUCGUGAUCUUCAAUUUCACCCCUUUCGUUUGUUGUACCUACUUUUUGAUCCGACGUCGUGAACUUUUCUUUCUGCUUAUCGUGUACAUAUAUAUAUAUAAUAUACCGUAAGGAAACAUAUUUUUGACCCAGCCGUUUUUCAUUUCUCGAAAAUAUAUCGUAAUAUCCAUUCGUUCUCACCGAUCGAUUUCAUGGAAACGUAAUUCCAAACGAUACCUGAUUUUCUUUUUAUGAAAACUAUGUUCAUUUUUGUUUUCCAAGUGUCGUAGAAUUGUAUACUUGUAAAGUCGACGACGCACCAUUAAUUUCAGUAAAAGUUUUGAUACAACUGCAUAAUUUUAUAAGUUACAUGGUAAGGUAUAAAUAUAGAACUGAAUACGUGAACAGUAAGUGAACACGAUGUAUCGCUGUCAUCUAUUACCAUUUGUAAAUAUUAUAUCAGAAAAGAAACAAUGAUUGAUGAUAAUGUUUUCUACCAUGCCAAAAAUAGCGUUCUCUUUCUCGUGAUCCGUAACCGAAAUUAUGCAUUAUGAGAAUUUGAAAUACGUGUGUUUAGUACUAUGAUAGUGAAUCAAUAAAAAUAAUUAUAAAA